AUGUCUGAAAGAAAAGCUAUAAAUAAGUACUAUCCGUCGGAUUACAAUCCGUUGGAGGCUGAAAAGCUGUCCAGAAAGAUGGCCAAGAAAUUGAAAACCAUGAAUAAGAGCCACGCAUCGAUUAGGUUAAUGACCCCAUUUAGUAUGAGAUGUUUAAAAUGCAGUGAGUACAUCCCUAAGAGCAGAAAAUUCAAUGGUAAGAAGGAACUGUUAAAGGAGAAGUACCUCGACUCCAUCAAAAUCUAUCGAUUAACCAUCUCAUGUCCGCGCUGUGCCAAUUCCAUCGCAUUCAAAACAGACCCUGGCAACUCGGAUUACAUAAUGGAAGUGGGAGGCGUGAGAAACUACGUUCCGCAGAAGGCUGAUGACGUUUCUAAGCCUAAGGCAGCCGUCGAAAGUGUAGACGAGACACUGCAGCGAUUAGUGAAGGAAAAGGAGUUGGAGCAAAAUGAGGAAAUGGGUAUAAAGGGCCAAGCAGACGACAAGAUGGAUCUGUUGGAAAAACGACUGGCUAAAAUUCAACAAGAACAAGAGGACGACGAAGAACUAGAGUGUUUGAGGAAAAGAAACCUAGAAAUGGGACAGAGAGCCGAAAUGAUGAGCCUUAACAAACAAGUGCAACGAGAAAAGGCAGAAACGAUAGAUGACCUGGACAACGUUGUGGAGCAAGCAUUUGAUAACCAUAAGCAGCAUGUCGGCGAGUCUCGCGAUAAGAAGAAGACCCUGCUGUUUAAUCCUCUGACCACCAGGGGAAAAGUUCAAAAAAAAAACUCAUCGCGUGCAAAUCCACUAGGGAUAGUGGUGAAGCGUGGUAAGUCUCUGAGGUGA